CCUCUCCUGCUACUCUGCCCUAUCCUGAUGCCGCCGACCCGGCCGGCCGGCUCAUGCAACUUGCAAGUGGUGGUACACACGAGUAUAAAAAACACGCGGCCUUAAAUUAACAGCCGACAGCCAAGUGAACUAACGCCGAAAGAUACACGAUUCAUCGAGCUCCGUCGAUCCAUCACAAAGCCAAGCCUAGGUAAAGUAUAAGGACCGGUCCAGCAGGAGAGGUACGGUGGGAGAUCGAUCGAGUACAUCCGGCGACGACAUAUAUAUACCAUGCCGUGGUUCCCAGCCGUGCCACCGGCGCUGGCGGCCGCCGACGGGGCUGGCCGGAUCAACAACAAGAAGCGGGCGGGGCUCCCGAGGCUGCUGCACAAGCUCUUCAUCAAGGUGCUCCGCCUCAGGCCGGCGUCGUCGGCGGCGGCGGCGGAGGAGGACGAGUGCUGCUACUACUACUACAGCUACGGCGGCGCGGGGUCGUCGUCGUGGGCCGGCGUGCUCUCCUCCAUCCCGGAGGAGGACUACGACGACGACGACAGCUCCGAGUCCGAGUCCGAGGAGGAGGGCUCGCCCGACGCCGUCGUCAUCGUCCCCGGCGGCCCCGCCGUGCUCCGCAAGGCGGCCAAGUCCGAGCGCUUCCUCGUCGGCCCACCCGACGCCGCCGCCACCGUCGUGCACGUCGAGGUCCUCGUCUAGCGCCACAGCGCACGCACGCACGUAUGGCUGAGCAUGCAAGCUCACUGUCGAUCUGCCUCGAUCAGUUCACGCGCGUCGUGUCGUCGUGGAACGCGCCGCUCCUCCGUGUUCUUGGCCGCCGCCGUUCAUCGAUCUCACCUCCCGAUGGAUUUGGACUUUGGAGGGAGCAAGUGCGCGCUUGCCGUCGUUGAUCGCCUGAUCUCGGGGAGGCAGCCAUUGUUUAGGUCGGAAUCCCGGCCUUAUCGCCGACCAUGCAUCUCAAAGUUUAUCGGACGGGCGCGCGGCUCCAAACUGAAGACGACGUCAAUACAGUACGUAUAUAGGAGUAUUCUUGAUUGACACCUAAUGUACAGCGAGGAAGAGAAUCCAAAUCUGUAGUUUUGUAUACGGAUCUGUUUAUGUAACAGAGUGUAGGAUCUCGCCGGAGCUCUACUGCCGCCGCGGGCCCACUUGAGUGUUGUAUAGCAUUUCUCUUGUAUACUGAGAAAUUUUUAGUCAA